AUGCCCUCCUACUUCUUGAUGUCGCUUGGUAUUGAGACCAUCAACCGCGGCACCACAACAAGUGCCCGCCACGUCACCUGCGUCUUUGCGCACUCCCAGCCACCACCAUUCACCACUUCCACAAUGGCGCAAACGCUUGCGGGUGGCACUUUGGACCGUGCAACACGCCCAUCGAGGAUUCAGAAGGCGAGGAAGCUCAAUGGCCAGCAAAACGUGCAAGGAAGCAAACACGCAGGAGGUAGACAGACUCUUGAUUUUUUGUUGCAUGGACUCAUUUCCACUCAGUUCCCCCGCUUUCGUGUUUUUGCGUGUUCAUCAUGGACUCAUACCUGA